GCAGAAGCUUGUCUAGUGUGUCAGAAUAAAACUGGCUUUAGCCAUACCUGGAAAUCAUCACAGAAUUUCCAUAUUAUAAUUUAUAAAAAUACUUUAUUUAAACAAAUAAAUCAGCAUUUCUUUAGCAAGUGUUUUAAACAAAUAAUUAUUUAAAUUGUUCAAUUAUUCUCCAAUCAGGGUCGAUUAUUAUAAUUAUAUAAGAUGACAAACAUCAAACUUCAAGCAAACGAUAACGAAAUUUUCGACGUUGAUGUCGAAAUAGCAAAAUGCAGCGUCACUAUAAAAACAAUGUUAGAAGAUCUUGGUAUGGACGAAGACGACGACGAGGUGGUGCCUCUGCCAAAUGUUAACUCCGCAAUCUUAAAAAAAGUCAUACAGUGGGCGACUUACCACAAAGAUGACCCACCACCAGCUGAAGACGACGAGAACAAGGAAAAACGAACAGACGACAUCAGCUCAUGGGAUGCUGAUUUUCUUAAGGUCGACCAGGGUACUUUAUUUGAACUUAUUCUUGCUGCUAACUACCUCGAUAUCAAAGGGCUUUUGGAUGUCACAUGCAAAACUGUCGCGAACAUGAUCAAAGGAAAGACUCCUGAAGAAAUUAGAAAGACUUUCAAUAUUAAAAAUGACUUUUCGGCUGCUGAAGAGGACCAAGUUCGCAAAGAAAACGAGUGGUGUGAGGAGAAGUAGAUAAUUCAAGCGAGUUUACAAAUAAUUCAUUUAUAAAUUUUUUUUUUUUUUUCUUUAUUAUAACAUAUUUAUUUUAAAUGUCUGUGAAAAUCGGAACGUUUUACGCGCAACGAAAAUGAAAAAAUUAAAAAAUCUACUGCUUAAGGAUGACCUAAGGCGUAAUUGGGGUGGCUGCAAUUUUCGGCUAACAUACUAGCGCCUAUGCGAAACAUUUAAGAAAGAUCCAGUAAAUUUUUACUUUUCAUUCUGUUUUUUUAUUUUCGUUCUGCAAAAAACGUUCCGAUCUUCAGGUACAUUAUUUUCAUUUUUAUUUUACGUUUAAAAAAUUAUAUAAAUGAUAACAAUAACAAUAUGGUUUCACUGUACACUUCGAUAGAUAGUUGUAACAAACAUUUAAAAAAUUUAAACAAGUUUAGUUACUGUAUGAUGUAUUACGUAUUAUUAUGAAAAAUUAUAAUAAAGUCUUAAUUCAAUGUCAUUAAUUUUAA